UAUAUACUCAUCUCUCUUCAUUUUCUCAUCCUCCUCCGCCACAGCCACUCUCUGCAACUCAUUCACACACAAAAAUGGUGCAGCGGCUCACCUACAGGAAGCGCCACAGCUAUGCCACCAAGUCCAACCAGCAUCGGGUUGUCAAAACUCCCGGGGGAAAGCUAGUUUACCAGACAACGAAGAAGAGGGCAAGCGGCCCUAAGUGUCCCGUUACUGGAAAGAGAAUCCAAGGGAUUCCUCACUUGAGACCUGCUGAGUACAAGAGGUCUAGACUCUCCAGAAACAGGAGGACUGUGAACCGUGCCUAUGGUGGUGUUUUGUCUGGUGGUGCUGUGAGAGAGAGGAUUAUCAGAGCUUUCUUGGUGGAAGAACAGAAGAUCGUGAAGAAGGUGUUGAAGAUACAGAAGCUAAAGGAAAAGGUUGCUGGCAAGAGCUAAGUGUGAUUUCUGUGCUGAGUUAGUUUUGAAUCAUGGAACUAUAGUGAGAGUGUUAAGCUUGAUAUCAGUAAUUUUCUUUUGCUUCUUUUGAAUUUCACCUUUCGGUUUGUCGAGAUAUCUGCCUAAUUAGGAUUUCCAGUUUUUGGCUAUUUGAUGAUUAUCAACUCAUUUUGGAUUCUUUUUAUGUCACUUCAAAUUUUGUCUUA